GAAAAACAUAUCAAAGUCCUAUUGGCUUCUUUUAUUAGACCGUUGGAGACUGAAAAGCCUUUUGAAAAACCACAAAAUUCUCAUCAAAUCCAAGAACUCCCCUUAAACUCCAAACACAAACCUCCACAAUAAUUCACUGUCUUGGCAAACUGAAGUUACCUUCAUUCAUUCGCCAUGGCAGGGACCAGUGAAUCUCUUCUUCAAACUCAAAAUCUUAACUCUCUCUUCACUGCACUCGACCCCAAGUCUUUAAUUCUCUCACAAUUUUCAAAUUCUGAUCAACCCCAAUUCCUUCAACUCACUACUGACUGUUUUCUCAUGGAGAGGGGACCUCGUUACAAAGCCUAUGCUGAUCUUAGAGAUAAAAAACUACGAAUAAAGCACAUGAAACAAUCAAUCCCUGAAGAAGAAGAAAUGGAAUACAACCCCGAGUUUGUUUUGACCCCACCGAAGAAACAGGUGAAAUUUCAAGCGAGUUUUGUAACACCACCUAAGAGGCCAAAAGGGUCAUCGAUUUUGGCUCAAUCAGUGCCUGAUUUUUCAUCAGCAUUGAGGAAAGAAAAUCGAAAACCGCCACCCUCUAUGCUGCCAAGUUUGAAGGAGAAGUCAGCUACGCCUCCUCCUUCAAAAAGUGGAAAGUUUUAUGGGAAUAUUGGAGGUAGUAAAUCAGUGAAUUCAGGGGAAAAGAGGACUGGGGGUAUGAUGACUAGGAAGAGUUAUGCUAAUGUUGAGGAACUGAAGGGAUUAGCUUCUGUUGCAAGGAGUGCCAUUAAUGGAGAAAAUAGAGUUGGAAGAACUAACAGAGUUGCUAACAAGACUGUUCUUGGAUACAGACAAUUAUGAUUCAAGAUUGGAGGAGAAACGAGAAGGAAGUAAUUGAUUUUUUUUUUUUUUUUUUUUUUUUUUUUUUUUGGGUUUUUUCUUAUGGGGUUUUGAUUCUUUGAUUUUUACAUUUGAUUUGCUUGAAAGAUUGGUUUUUGAGUUACUUUUUGUCGUUAAAGGUUGAUUUUUCAAAUUUGGCUUAGAGUUUGUAUAGAACAAUGGGUUUGAAUCGGACUGAUUCAUUGUAACCUGCUGGGAAAUGGGGACUAUAGAAAAGUGCUAUGCUUAUGGAUUGUUGAAAAUUGAAUGUCAUAACAAUAGAUUUUUUCUUAUGCAU